AUGCGAUUCCUCUCCCUCGCUCUCUUGAGUAUCGCCUCCAUCGCCAUUGCCGAGGGUACCUGGAAGGACACCGUGGGCGACGUGCCACAAUGCAUGAAGACAUGCCUUAACAACUUCUACAAAGACGCCGGUCUCGAAGACAAGUGCGGAAGCUCCGACAGCGCCACCACGGACUGUCUCUGCGGUGUCAAAGAUUCCGCGUCGGAGGUCCAGGAUGCGGCCAGUAGCCUAAGCUCAUGUAUUCAAAACGGUUGCGACUCCAGCGACCUGGCGGACGCUGCCACCCAGCUAUCGGAUUUCCAGGACCGAUUCACCGAGCUCACAAACCAGUGCACCUCAUCGGAGUCUUCUAAAGGUGCUGCCAGCUCCACUGUCCCUGGCUUCAACGCACUGCUCGCCUCCGGAGCUCUGCUUCUCGUCGGUGCGGCGAUGUGA